UAAUUUUUAAUUUUUAAAAUUUUAAACUACACGGCAAAAGACAAGUGCAGAGUUCGGGAGCAUUCAGGUUUUUGUUCGUGGGUUCAUUCGAAUGGCGACAUCCUUGUCAAACAUGUUCUUCAAAGGGCUCGCUAAUCGUUCUUUCGGCAGGCCCUUAAAUGGGUUGUUUUAUUGCACAAGAUACUCAACUACUGUAUCAAAUGAUUCUGACACGCAUGAUGACUUCAAGGCAGCUAAUAAGUUUGAGGGUUCUGGCAUUUCUUUGGCAAAUUUUAUUGAGCAGGAUGUCAAGGAUAACCCUGUUAUGGUUUACAUGAAAGGUGUGCCUGAUUUGCCACAGUGUGGUUUUAGCUCACUUGCUGUUAGAGUUUUGAAACAUUAUGAUGUUCCUAUAAGCGCUAGAAACAUUUUGGAGGAUGUUGAGCUAAAAAAUGCUGUAAAAGCCUUUAGUACCUGGCCGACAUUUCCUCAAAUUUUCAUCAAGGGAGAGUUUAUUGGUGGAUCGGAUAUUAUUCUCAACAUGCACCAGACUGGUGAAUUGAAGGAAAAGCUUAAAGAUAUUACUUCCAAGAAGUAAAGACACGCCCAAGGUAGUGAAGUGUUAACAGAUGUAGUAGUUUACUAGAACGUCUUCAUGAUGUGAACUUUUUGAACUUCUUUUUUCUAGAUUAUAUUCAAAUAAGAAGUUUCAACAUUGCUGUUUGUAAGAAUUUUUUUUUUCUUUUUCCUCUGUUCCUUGCUUUAAUUUAAGAUCAUAUGAAGUUAAUAAGAGUCAGGACUGAGUCUGGAUUUGGAGGCUGUUACAAAAUAAAAAUUGAGUGUUUGAUUUAA